AUGGAGCCCGCGUCUAGUGCAGCGGCACAAAAAGAUGUUCAGAUCGACAUUGAUGACCUCGAGUUGCAGGCUCAGGGUUAUACCCGGGCUAUGCCACGACGAUUCUCCCUCCUCUCCCUCAUCUCGAUGUCUUAUGCCCUACUCGCAACCUGGAAUGGAUUCGGCAGUGCUUUCGGCACCGGCUUCAUUGAGGCAUCUUCAGCCGGUUCCAUUUGGACCCUCACCAUUGCUGCGGCCAUGACUGCAGUCACAGGAAUUGGCAUGGCCGAGUUGUCUAGCGCUUUUCCUGUGGCAGGCGCCCAAUAUUACUGGUCCUUUGUGGUUUCCACGCCGGAAUGGGGGCCGUUUGCCUCAUACAUUUCUGCGGGAAUCAGUACCUUGGGAUGGUGGCUGGGUCUUGCCAGCGUGACAAACUUUAUUGCAGCAAUGAUUACCGGGAUUGCUGUCCUCAACCAUCCAGACUAUGUCAUUGAAAGAUGGCAUAUCUGGUUAGUUUUUGUGGCGGUGACGUGGUGCGCCGUCGCGAUGAACGUCUUCGCGACAAAGUGGCUUCCCAUGUGGAACAAGUUUAUCUUGUACUUCUCGGCGACUGCACUUUCAGUAACAAUGAUCACCAUCUUGGCGUGCGCAGCGCCGAAUUUUCAAUCCGCCAAAUUUGUCUUCAGUGACACGACCAAUUCAACAGGUUGGCCGAACGACGGGCUAGCCUUCCUGUUUGGGAUAGUGAAUGCUCUAUAUGGCUUCCUCGGAGUCGACUGCGGGGCGCAUUUGUGUGAAGAAAUCCCAAAUCCAACGGUUAACGUGCCAAAAGUUAUUAUGUAUCCGGUUGCAAUGGGAUUCAUCACUGCCUUCCCAUAUGCGAUCUCACUGUCAUUUGUGAUUACCGACUUUGACACUGUUAUCUCGACCCCCACCGGCCUUCCUUUGAUCGAAGUCUACUAUCAAGCAACUGGUAGCAAAGCCGGCACCUCAGUCCUCAUGGUGGCAUUCGCAAUCUGCUUUUUUGGCUGUGCUACUGCAAACGUCACCAGCGCAAGUCGACAAAUGUGGUCAGCAUCCAGAGACAACUGCUUCCCUCUGUCAAGGUACUGGAAACAGGUCCACCCCCGGUGGCAGAUGCCAUUGAAUGCAGCAUGCCUGCAAGGAACUCUAGUCUCGCUGUACGGCCUGAUCUUUUUGGGCUCCUCAUCUGCAUUUUCUUCCAUGGUUGGGGCAUGCAUCGUCUUCAUGACCACAUCAUAUGUGAUCCCUCAAGGGAUUCUCGCCUGGCGUGGACGUGAUAAGAUUCUCCCGCCAAGAGCACUGGAUCUUGGAAAGUAUGGCCUUCCACUGAAUGUGCUCGCUUGUGUCUGGGUGGUCUUCAUCGACAUUAUCUACUGUAUUCCUGUUUCCUACCCCGUUACACUCGAGAACAUGAAUUGGAUCAGCGUGGUGACGGUCGGCCUGGUUUCGUUUCUCCUAGUUGCCUGGUUUGUAAACCAGAGACACGUCUUCAAAGGGCCGAAGAUCAACUUUGAACUUCUUCAGGCUGCUCGACAUGACGAGCUGCUUGGCCACCGAACGAUUGAUGGAGUUGCCGUUGGUGACGAUAACGCCGUCAUUGAAGCACUUCGACGGCGCUCGCUAAAUGAAACCAAGAAGGUGCGGGCAGCCCUGUCCCAAAGGAAGAGUGGCGCAGAAACAUCGUCUUUGGACGAAGGCGGCUUGAAUCACGAAUCCCCCCAUGACCCCAAAGAGGUAUCGUCGUCUAGCCAACCCCGGCAGUACAUGUUCGUUGUUGGGCGACCAACCAAAAGGCGAAAGCGCGAGCAUGUCCGCGAGAGCGAUAUGACACGAAAAGCGUCCUGUGACAGCGGCAGGAGCACACGGAGUGACGAGCUGGAACCUCUCCCGAAUCUGACAGAUACGGUCCCGAUCCCACCAGUGGACACAGACUAUAGUGAGGUCCAGACAGAGGUCGAGCUAUAUCCUCCACAAUUGCCAUCUCCUCCUGAUGUUACAUGGCUACAUGGGCAGUUGGAUCCCGAUAUGAUAACCGAAGUUCAAGCUGUGGGCACCCCUGACAGUGAGAAUUUGGAACAGUGUCUGCAAAUCCAGCAUUUUCAGGAUUCGGAUACCGUAUGGAGCCCUGGUUCUUUGGAGAAUGUCAGCGGAACUUCGUCCGAGGUUGGACACCUGCCAGCGUCUGAACACGCACUCCAGUCCAGCCUCUUGUACAUCCCCCAGGUCUGCUUUCCAACACUUCACGACAAAUUUUCUGGGCUUCUUGAUAUGUAUGAUCAAGAAUUCUGCAACUACCCCAUCACUUGCGACUUUGGUGUCAAUCCUUACCGCUAUAGGCCCGAAACCACAAAAGGUUCACAACAUCUGCUGCACGCCGUCAUGGCCAUGUCCUGCCACUUUAGGCUGCGAUCCCCUUCCCAAGUCGCGCCACCCACGGAGGCACUGAGUCACAAAAACGCGGCGAUGGUGUUAUAUCAAGGGGCACUGGCAGGAGCUGCCGUCUCUGGCAAUGCUUUGAGCUUGCUCGAUACAGCACUCGCGCUUUGGCAACUCGAGGCCACCAUCUCGUCACUCAAUAUCUGGAGAUCUCAUUUGGCCGACGCAUAUCACCUGCUUGAGCUCCACGGUGGAGUGAGAGGAUGGUCGAUGAGUAGGAAGGCAAAUGUCCAGGUCUCGAUGAUUCUUUGGUGGGAUACUAUGGUAUCAUUACUCGCAAGGACCGAAUGCGUCCUCCCGUACGUCUAUCUUGAGACAGUGCUGAAAACAGAAGGCCGGCAGCCCUGGACAUUCUACCAAUUGAAUGGCUGUCCACGCGAACUGUUCGUUCCGAUGACGCAACUCGCCAAUCUCUCCGGUCGUUCAUGGAGCAACGCGAUUUCCGUCGUGGUGAUGGAGAUCGAGCAGUCAGUUACCAAGUACAUGUAUCCUGGACAAGGCGUACAGUGCGACUCGGACGACGAAGAAGCUAUGCAUGUCGAACGAGAUCGCUAUCAUUGCUGCGAGGGGUUCCGGUACGCAUUGUUGAUCUACAUCCUGAGGGUGUUCAAAUGGCCGAGAGCGGACUACCCGGCGAGGCUGCUCGCACGAAUGUCGUUUCUUUCACGGGUCUGCUUCGACCACAUCGCGGCAUGUCGACCUACCUCGAUCAUCCAGAAGCAGCUCCUGUUUGCCGUCUUUAUAGCGGGAUCAGAGGCGCGCGACCCGACCCAUCGCGAGCUCGCGGAAGAGUACUGCAGGCGGUGGUUCAGAAAAUUUGGUUAUCAGAUGUACAUGGCCGUGCUGGAGGUUAUGGAGGCUGUCUGGGCCAAACGAGAUGCAGGAGAAGAGGACUUUUGGUGGGGAGAUGAACUUGAUGCGCGGCGAGCGCAAGAAGGAGAUUUUGUACAGUUCUGUUUCGGGUGA